UCUAUGCUCAGUUCGGUGUGUGUAUCCUCUUUCAAAGGGCGCAAGGGUGGGAACAAGUCGUCCAACAAAGCAUGUUACAGCGCAGACAUGACUUGUCCGUCGGAAAGCGAGAAAAUUGUCAUAAACUGCGGCGGGGUUCGCCAUGAGACUUACCGGAGCACCCUAAAGACGUUGCCCGGGACUCGCUUGUCGUGGCUCACGGAACCGGACGCAUUCAGCAACUUCGACUACGACCCUAAAUUGGACGAGUUUUUCUUUGACCGUCAUCCGUCUGUCUUCUCGUUCAUCCUCAACUAUUACCGCACAGGAAAGUUGCACUGUCCCAACGAUGUGUGCGGUCCGCUGUUCGAGGAGGAGCUCGCCUUUUGGGGUAUCGACGAGACGGACGUGGAGGCGUGUUGCUGGAUGAACUACCGCCAACAUCGGGACGCGGAGGAGGCAUUGGACAGCUUUGAGACACCAGAACCGGAGGCGCCGGAUGACGACCCUGCACUUGGAGGCGCAGAUGGAGACUUGAAAAGACUAUGUAUGCAGGAGGACGCCAGAAAAGCAGGAUGGUGGAAGACCUGGCAACCUAAAAUAUGGGCACUUUUUGAAGACCCUUACUCCUCCAAGUAUGCCCGGUAUGUGGCGUUUGGCUCCCUAUUCUUCAUUCUCAUUUCGAUCUCCACUUUUUGCAUGGAGACGCAUGAGGCCUUCAACAGGAUUCUCAACAAGACUGAGAAUGUCACAGUGGGAAACAUCACCCGAGAAGAGAUGGUAUAUGAGGUGGUGACUGACAGUUGGUUGACAUAUGUAGAGGGGGUCUGUGUGAUCUGGUUCACCAUUGAAGUGCUGCUACGAGUCACUUUCUGCCCAGACAAAUUGGAAUUUUUCAAAAGCACCCUAAACAUUAUUGACUUUGUUGCUAUUCUUCCAUUCUAUUUGGAGGUAGGCCUGAGUGGUCUGUCCUCUAAAGCUGCCAAGGAUGUCCUAGGAUUCCUGCGUGUUGUCCGGUUUGUCCGUAUCCUCCGAAUCUUCAAGCUUACUCGCCAUUUUGUAGGUCUGCGCGUCCUUGGCCACACCCUUCGAGCCAGCACCAAUGAAUUCCUUCUGCUCAUUAUCUUCUUAGCGCUUGGUGUCCUCAUUUUUGCCACUAUGAUUUACUAUGCCGAAAGAAUUGGUGCCGACCCAGAUGACCCGACUGCCAGUCGCCACACUAACUUCAAGAACAUUCCCAUUGGAUUCUGGUGGGCCGUUGUGACCAUGACCACACUGGGAUAUGGAGAUAUGUACCCAGAGACGUGGUCGGGAAUGCUGGUGGGCGCGCUUUGUGCCUUGGCUGGUGUGCUGACCAUUGCUAUGCCCGUACCUGUUAUUGUCAACAACUUCGGCAUGUACUACUCUCUGGCAAUGGCCAAACAAAAGCUGCCCAAAAAGAAGAACAAACAUAUCCCUCGAGCUCCCCAACCAGGGUCACCCAACUACUGCAAGCCUGAUGCGUUGGCAAUGGCUACUGCAUCACCACAAAGACUUUUGGGAAAUGUUCUUGGUGGGGUAAUGGGGUCUGGGGGAAUAGGGGGUGACUGUCCUCUCGCCCAAGAAGAAAUUAUAGAGAUAAAUAGAGAUUCGAAGCAGAAUGGUGAUGCGGCCUCAGCUGCUUUGGCAAAUGAGGACUGCCCCACCAUCGACCAAGUGCUGAGUCCAGACGAGAGGAGUCCCAUUGGGCGGGGGCCUACACGGGAACGCUACCAGCAGGACCGUGCCUGCUUCCUGCUCAACACCAGGGAAUUCCGUGCCACAGAUGGGAAUGUGCGGAAAGGUUGUGUCAUAUCACGCGUGUCAUCAGGCGAUGAAAAAUCUCGAAGCCUCAGUAAUAUUUCAGGAAUGGCCGGGUCAUCCCUGCGACUCGCUCCCAUUGCUAGUCCACAUUUUGAAACAUAUGAAACCCCAGGCCCACUGCGCCGCUGCCGUUCUCCCAUCCCAUCCAUUUUGUAG